UUUUGAGAAUCAGAGGCGAACGUGCUUGAAAAGGGAGAAGAUUCUUAUCUAAUUUGUCUUCUAUCUUUUUGGAGUUCUUCUGUGUAAAUGUGUUUUUCUGUGUGUUCUGGUUUGUUAGAUUUGCUUGUCUGAUUGGUUUCAAUGAAUCCCUCAGUAUAUGUCACGAGGAUCACUUCAAACUGCUACAGCUUGGGUGCAUUAGAUGCUUGUACAAUGGGUCUUGGCAGGAUGUGGUGGAUGCAUUACCGGAGAACGCAAAAUCUGUAUUGCCUGUUUAUUCGAAGAACUUCAGAAAAUCACUAUAUUAUGCCGGCCUCCAGCUGCUGGCAGCAUGAACCAACGGGUUUGAGUUGUAAAGACGAUGGUGCAUCUACUUCUAUUCGUAAGGCAGAUCUGACGAGAUUGAAACAAUGCAUUGGAGAACAACAAAUACGUUUGUAUCAAUUUAUCUUUUCUGUUUGUAUCAAAUAGGUUUGA